UUCGAGUCUGAACCUGUAAACAAAUCAUUAUUUUCCAAUCAAAUUAUAAUAAUUGAUUUUACGAUAAACUCGAAUGAACGUGCGUUGACAUCCGCGGUAAUUUGGAGUAUCUAUAUUUUCGGGAAAGAUAUGCUCUUCCAAGAACUUUGAGGCCACUAAGUUAUCAGAGACACGGCUCGUUGAAUACGACUAUGUGCGAUCGAAUGUUCCUGGACGAACGUCUUGUUGACAGCGUUGGAAUAGCAGGCCGAACUCAUUGCACGCGCGAUUCGUUAUUAUGACAAUGUUUCCUCGACACUACGCACAAAGGAUCCCCUUUCUCGUACAUGCGUGAAGAAAAAUCGGCGACAGCACCCGAUGCCGGUGACAAUCCGAAAAAAGACGAAGGACCGGUAGAUUUUGAACGGGCCAUAACGCUUACAGGAUAUGGGAAAUUCAAUUACUUUCUACUGUUGGCUAUCAUCCCCGCUGGGUGUUCGAGUAUUUUCGCAUCCGCACCGAUAUCCUACAUCCUUCCGCCGGCAGAAUGCGAACUUGGACUCACACUGCUCGACAAGGGUCUCCUCAAUUCGAUGGGGUUUGCGGGCAUGAUAUGCAGCACUAUGAUCGGAGGAUGUUUGGCCGAUACUUUAGGGCGUAAAACAAUACUCGUUUACGGAUACCUCGUCGACACAAUAAUCAAUGUGGCCAGCAGUUUUUCUCAGGUCUCUUGGAUAUUACUUGUUUUCAAAUUCCUCAACGGCGUGGUGAGCUCCGGUCCUUUCGCUGCCCUGAUGUCCUACCUGGCCGAGGUCCACGGCGAGCAGCACAGAUCGUGGAUUUACAUGUGGUUGGGUGUUGUUUUUUCAAUCGGAAAUAUUUCCGUACCUUGUUUGGCUUGGCUCGUCAUUCCAUUGAAUUUCAAGUGGACAUUUUUCGGUGGAUAUGUGAUAUUCAAUUCCUGGAGAUUACUAUUAUUGAUUUGCUCCAUUCCAGAACUCAUAGCGUGUAUGGCUUUUAUGUUUUUCCCCGAAAGUCCAAGGUUCCUAAUGUCUAAAGGACGUCAGCAAGAGGCCCUCAAAGUCUUCAAGAGUAUUUACGCCCUCAACACCGGGAAUCACCCCGACACUUACCCCGUAAAGAGUCUCGUCGACGAAACGUCCAUUGAAGCGUCGGGUAAAAAUUUCGUCCACAUGCUGCGAUGUGGAUGGCGUCAAAUGAAGCCGCUUUUCGCACGAGCCAAUCUCUUCCGACUGAUGUUGAUCACGUCGAUACAAUUUGGCGCCACAGUGGGAUCGAAUUCCCUGAAACUCUGGAUGCCGCAGUUAUUCGCGAUGAUUGAAACGUACGAAACAAUGCACGCUCCGAUCUCUUCGUCGCAGGCGCAUCCUUCGGUUUGCCACAUGCUGGACAUCACGAAACAUUCGGACAGAAAUGUGACCACUGUAAUUACGAAUGGUACGAUCAGUACCAUCGUUCCUGUCUGUACCGAGAUGGUGCUGGACGCCACUGUUUACGUAAAUUCAAUAAUAGUUGCGUUGACCGGUAUAAUCGCUUACACGAUGGCAGGAAGUCUGGUAAACGCGAUUGGGAGGAAAAAACUUAUGGUGUUCUGUUUCGUGGGGGCUGGUGGUUGUUGCGGUGCGCUUUACUGGGCACAAGACACGAACGGACUUCUCGGUUUAUCCUCGGUAUUUGUAGCCCUCUCGAGCAUCGGUGGUACCACGGUGGUCAACGUGAUAGUCGACAAUUUUCCAACGUACCUGAGAACGAUGGCCGUUGGUGUGACGUUGAUGACCGGACGCAUCGGUGCCGUCUUUGGAAACUUGAUGUUUCCAAUAUUGCUGGAGGUCGGCUGUCUCGGCCCUUUCAUCAUGAUUGGAUCCGCGUGUAUAGUAUGCGCAUUUCUGACGUUGAUGUUGCCUACGAGCAAGGCGAUUGGAGGAAAAGAAGUGAUUUCUCCAUAGUUUGAAUAUAAUAUAGUUAGGUAGACUGAUGAAUAAUAUUAUAAUUUGUUACUAUUUAUAAAUAUGAUAAGUCAUUGUUAAGUGUUGAAGUAAAUGUAACUUAGGACUUUUUUAAUCGGAAUACUCUCAGAAUGUUUUCCGUUGUAAUUAUUAUGCCCGGAAAAUUUUGAUGAUCUUCGAAAAACUGAUUUCGAAGAACGCGUAGAUGUAUACAUGAUGUACCUAUAAUUUAACUACAGUCAACUUUGAAGUAUUUAUCUAGGAAAUAUAAACAUUUAUCUUUGCGACAUACCCUGAUUUCAAUUAAACUUUAAAAACAUGUGAUGCAGAUAUAAUAACUAGGAGAUAUGGGUAUAUUUAAAAUGAAUAAUUUAAUUACGGUAAUCUAGUAUCCUCACAUCAGUUUCGCUGGUGGUUUAGGGAUGAAAAUUGAGAGCAGAAAGCAGGCUAGAAGAAAAUAUGGAACGAUUUUUUCAUGCGCAAAAAUUGUAAGCGCAAUACUUAAUUGGGAAAGAAUUAUAGAAAAAAAAUCAAA